CUUACCAAACCAAAGAAGGUAACAAAGCCCCUCAUCUCAUCUCUUCAAAAGUCCCUCUCCUUCUCCUUCUUCUCCUCUCUCUCCCCCCUCUCUGUUGAGCUAGAAUCAAAGCAAAAUAGAGAGCAAUACCAUCACUCAAUCACACCCAUCAAUGGAAACCUCAUCAAGACACCAAGAAAACCACAACCCACAAUCUCUUAUCCCCUCCCCUAAUAGCCAUAGCAGUACCAGUAGCAGCAACAGCAGCAGCACCACCACCACUACCACUAAUAAUGGACUCCAUGGCAAUCAACCACCACUUCCCUCUCCCAAAGCCAUCACCAGAUCCGAAUCAGCUAACCCUUACCCAACUACCUUCGUCCAAGCGGAUACAUCCUCUUUCAAACAAGUCGUGCAAAUGUUAACCGGAUCACCCAAACCCACCAACACUGCUGCGGCCAUUACCCAACCCGACCCAUCGCCUAAAUCACAUUCCCAUAACAUCCCUCCUAUCAAAUCCAUACCUAAAAAGAACCAAUCCUCUGGGUUCAAACUUUAUGAACGCAGAAACUCUCUCAAAAACCUCAAGAUCAACCCCCUUAAUCCAAUUUUUGCUCCUCCCAGUUCCGGGUUCUCGCCUCGAAAACCCGAGAUCCUCUCUCCUAGCAUACUUGAUUUCCCAGCUCUCGUUCUGAGUCCGGUUACUCCCUUAAUACCCGACCCGUUUGACCGAUCUGGAACAGCAAAUUAUACUAAUUGCUACAGUCCCUUGAAUAAUUCCAACAAAAUUCACAAUAAUAUUAGUAUGAAUGGUCAUUUAGUAGAUACUGACGCAGAGGAGAAAGCAAUCAAAGAGAAGGGCUUUUACUUGCAUCCAUCGCCGGCAACCACACCGAGAGAAGCUGAGCCACGGUUGUUGCCGCUCUUUCCGGUCACGUCCCCUAGAGUGUCAGGUUCUUCAAAUCCUUCAUCUUGAAUAAAUGCAUCUUUUAUUUAUUUAAUUUUUUUUUGUUUUGUGUAAGAUUUUUAUAUAAUAUAUUGUUGGCAUUGAUGGUGAUUAUGGAAAUGGCAAUGAAAGCGAGAAAGAGAAAGAUAUAAUAUUGUAAUUUGAAAUAUUUGCAGAGAAUGAGAGGAUCUUUGCUUCAAUUGUAUAAUUAACCUUUUAUUUAAGUUUCUAGUUUCAUAUUUUCUGGGAA